AUGUCGUCUGAUCGAAGUUGGAUGAGUUCUAGGUUUGAUGGUAAAGGUGGUUUAUCUGAUGAGUACAAAAGAGGUGUUGACGAUUUUGUUAAGUUUGCACAAAGGUCAAAAGAUUCUAAUGAUAAUAUAUUAUGUCCGUGCAAUCAUUGUAAAAAUUCAGCAUGGAGGACUGAAGAUGAGGUGAAAGUACACUUGUAUCGAUUUGGCAUUAUUGAAUCAUAUACAAGAUGGGAAUAUCAUGGAGAAAAAUUGGCCUGGAACAACCAUUAUUCUAUGAGAAACAUUCAAACUGAUGAAGAUGAUGUGUAUGAUGCAUAUGAAAUGCUAAGUGACAUUGGAGGAGACAAAUAUCAUAUUGAAGAUAUGGAAGAAGAACCAAAUGAAGAAGCAUCUCAAUUUUAUAAAAUGUUGAAUCAUGCCUCGGUACCUCUAUAUCCACAUCAUGAAAAACAUACAAAGUUGUCAUUUGUUUUGAAGUUAUUGCACUUCAAGAAUAGACACCAUUAUAGUCAAAAGGGGUUUGACGAGUUACUUGAACUGAUUGGAUCUAUUUUGCCUGAAAAUCAUACAUUGCCAGAAAAGUACAAUGAAGUUAAAAAUAUGGUUAGUGGGCUAAACAUGGGGUAUGAGAAGAUUGAUGCUUGCGAGAAUGAUUCAAAAAAGAUUUUACGCUACUUUCCUCUCACUCCAAGACUAAAGCGUUUGUAUAUGUCAAAACACACUGCACAAUAUAUGAGGUGGCAUAAAAAUAGAGAUGUUGUGGAUGGACAACUAACUCACCCAGCUGAUGGAGACGAAUGGAAACAAUUCGAUAGAGCAUUCCCUUCAUUUGCAAAUGAGGUACGUAAUGUGAGGUUGGGACUUGCAACUGAUGGAUUUGAACCAUUUCAUAAUAAAUAUGCUAAGAAGUAUAGUGUUUGGCCUGUUUUUAUUGUGGUAUACAACCUUCCACCAUCUAUGUGCAUGAAAGAUCCAUUUAUAUUUAUGCCUCUUACCAUCCCCGGUGAUAAGGAUCCGACAAAAGAUCCCAAUGUCUAUCUCCGGCCGUUAAUUGAUGAAUUAAAUAUGUUGUCGGAUACCGGGGUGAUAGUAUUUGAUAAAGCAUCAAAUAAUAAAUUUGUGAUGAAGGCUGCACUAUUGUGGACUAUUAGUGACUUUCCAGCAUAUGGUAUGGUUAGUGGGUGGUCUACACAUGGUAAGUUAUCAUGUCCGGUCUGUGUUGGUGAUGUAAAAGGAUUUCAACUGAAGCAUGGAGGAAAAUCUAGUUAUUAUGGCACGUCUCGAGUUUUUUUAGAUCCAGUUGAUCCCAUGAGAAAGAAUAACAAAUAUGGUUCUAGAGAGACAAGAUCAGUUAAAACUCGAUACUCGGGUCAAGCUAUAAAGAGAUCAUGUCAACGAGUUAAGUUAUUUCCGCAUGGAAAAAAAGCAUGGCGCAAACCUGUUGGUUUUGGGAUGACACAUAAUUGGACUCACAUGGCUAUGUUUUGGGAACUUCCGUACUGGGAGGUACUCCGUCUUCGUCAUUGUUUAGAUGUAAUGCACACUGAAAAGAAUGUCUUUGAUAACAUAUUCUAUACAGUUCUGGAUGAUAAAGAAAAAUCAAAGGAUAAUAUCAAAUCAAGACAGGAUUGCAAGCAUUUAAAUAUACGACGAGAGUUGUGGAUUCAAGAUGAUGGUACAAAGCCACGUGCCGAAUAUGCACUUACAAGGGAAAAAGUAGAUAAAUUAUGUCAAUGGCUGAAAGAUUUAGAACGUCCAGAUGGAUGUAGCUCAAAUAUAUCUCGAUGUAGCAGGGAUAAAAAGAGAAAGUUUAGAGGUAUGAAAUCUCAUGAUGGCCAUGUCUUUCUACAAAAGCUUUUGCCUAUUGUUGCUCGUGGCCUAUUGCCAAAGUUUGUAAGUGAUGUCAUUAUUGAGUUGUGCAAUAUUUUCAAAGAUUUAUGA